UUGUUCGGCAAAGCUUCCAAUAUGGAAGAGCGAAGUGUUUCUGUUAAAGCUGUAAUACUUUUUCCUUGUUUUGGUAUCUAUUUCUUUCUCUCUGUUAAUACUAAUUAAGGUUGCAUUAGUUGUGGUCUAAAAAGCCAUUAAACAUUUUAAUAAGAAUUUCAAGAAGUAUAUAUAUAUAUAUUUAAUUCUCUAAUUAACAUCCUCUGAAAAAUGUUUUAUGUAUGAAUUUAAUUCUAGAGGAGUCCGAAACUGAACUGAGCAUUGAUAAAAGAGAAGUAGUAUGAGCUUAACCUUUUUAUUGUGCAUGAAUGCAACAACUGUGUACACAUUUUAAGCAUGAUCUUUUCACCUUAAACUGUCCUGGAGAUGUAUAUCGGAGCAUAUUUCUUGCUGCACUUCUUCAUCUAAGGAUAUAGAAGUAUUGCUAGGUUUGCUAUCUAUUUGUAAGGUUUUAAACUGGUGUUUCUUUCUUUGUUGAGGUUUUUGGAUAUUGGAGAGAAAGAUUUUAAGCAUAGGCUUGAAAUAGAAGUUUAUUACUAAAGAAGACAAUUCAAGAUACUAAAGAUGUUUCAUUAUUGUUGGCUCAUUGAUGCUAGUUCCCUGGAUUUCUUAGACUUGAGUGCUCGUGAGUUUCACGAAAAGUCAAAUACAAAUCUACUUUCUGCUUUAGAUUUAUGUAUACCUCCUCGAAGAUAUUCAUAUUUACCAACAAAUGCUGAUCUGUCGAAUUAUGCGAUUCUGGGCCCAAGACAUGUUACAGUUGAAUUCAUUAGGCGUACAGUAUUUAGAGGACAUAUGCAUGUCGAUAUUAAUACUGAUGUUGCAGUUUCUCCUAACAUGAAACUAAUUAAAAUUUUUACUUAUACAAAGCAAGAGGAUUCAAUCUUAAAUGCUGUGACAUCCUGUUUCUUCAGCAGUUUUACUAGAAAUACUUUGGAAAGACUUGAAACAAAUUUUGAACCAGAAACAGUUAGACUCUAUUUAAAACAGGUUAAGACAUUUUUUCAUUGCAUGGAAAAGUCGUUAUUUCCAGCUUCUUUUGAUUAUGAUCCCAACAUCAUAACAUUUGAGAAACCUCGUUUAAAUUAUAACAGCAGAUUAAGGUCACUAUUCGUGGAGAUGAUAAUGAGGAAAAUAGCACUGAAGUUAAUAAAGUUGCUGUUGGACAAAGUUUGUACAGAUUCUGCCCUUGUUGUGUCAGUUCUUGAUGCAGUUUGCUUCCCAUGUAUGAACAAAGCAAAUCUUUUCUUUGGAUAUGGAGCUGAGCAAAUGAAAUACAUUUUUUACCAUCUGAGGAAAGCAAAUUAUUGUCAUUUUGUUCAGAUUUUGGAAGAUCUUCGAAAAGAUUCAGAAUAUGACUUAUUGCUUCGAAGCAAACCAGAACACUUAUUGGUUCUUCUCAACUGUGGAGUUAAGAUUGCAUAUAACCCAAUUGUAGAACCUUAUGAUUUCUUUCUGCUUGUUCCCCCGGAGCAGAGAGAACCAAAUUCGAGAAGAAUUUCCAUGUUUUUUCGAAGAGAAGCAUUGGAUUUAACAUCAAGAGAGUCUUUUAUUAUUGAAAUUAUUGGUUUUGUCUUAACCUGGAGUGUUCCUUUCUUUACAUUUUAUUUGGAGAGUCUACGGCUCAUCUGGAGAUCUAUUCCUGAUGCCUUCCUUUCAUACAAAGAGAUACAAUAUUUACUACUGAGAUACACUGACAUCAAGUCUGUGAAUGAUAUCUGCGACCAGCUCAAAAAACAUGAAUUCGACAGUUUUGACAGCAUUGUUCGACCAAGAACCCUGUUGCAUUAUUCUCGGUGUGUGUUAAGAAAAACACUGAUGCGCAAUUCACAGCUGCCAGACGGCAUUGAACUUCUUCGUUUGCCGGAGCAAUUAAAAUCAUACUUGAGAUUAGAAUUUUAGUUUCUAAAUAAAUUAAAUGUUUUAGUGUUCCAGUAAAAAAAUCAAAAUGAAGCAAUCUGAUUUUAUGCUUUAAAAAUUCUGCAUGACAUAAAAAGUGGUUUUAUUGCAAUGAAGAAACCUUCCUGAAGAAUGUAUCCAGAAAAAUUCCUAACACUACCUUUAUUUUUGCAACCUUAGGUCAUAGUCCUAUCAUAUUCUUCCAGUUACAAAAAUGCUAUAAAUAUGGAAAAUAGAGCAUUUUAAAAUUAAGAUAAUCAACUUAAGAAAAAUGACAAAAUCUGCUUUUUUACUCUUCUUUCUUGUCACUAUUGCUAUAUAUAGUUAUGUUAUUGUGGACUUUCACAAAGGUACUGAAGUUUUUGUAUUGAUUGUAUUGAACUUGAAUAUUGUUACGAAAUAUGUUCCUCAGAAUGGGGAUUCCGUAUCUUUACUCGUGCGUUUUAAAUUGCCAAAACUGAGAAUAGCUGAGGCAGAAUACUGUAUAAAGAUGCUGUAUUGAUUUUGUUCUUUAAUAAUAUUGAUAGGUGUCUCUAUGUAUUUCGAAUUGUUUUAAGAUGCAACUUUCUAUAUUUCAUUUUUAAAUAUUUAAAAGCAAUUAAAAUUUGCACGUAAAUGGUCUCUAAAUAAAGUCAAAACUUAGAGUACAGGAAAACAUUUGUAAAAAUAUCAUGAAAUUAAUAAAGAAGCAUAGAUAUUUUCAUAACAUAACUGAUUAAAUUCUCAGGUUUUAAAUGUGAUAUAUGAAUGAAAAAAAAAGUUUAUUUUAAAGAAACAUAUCAUUUACCUUAAACAUUUAAAAUCUAUUAAUUUAAAUUAUUUUUAAGUGAAUUUGUAAUCAUUCAUACACCUUACAUAAAAUUUUUAAACCAAUUUAUAUUAAUUAAGUAUAAUACACCAUAUAUUCUGGAAAGUCCAUUAAUCACCAGACUUUUACCUAGUUGCAACAUAUCUAUAAAGAAAUAAAAAGAAAACUCCAAAAUUGCCCAGUAUCAAACAGAAAUGACCUUACCUAUCACUUACUUCAAACAUCUAAAAUAUACAAAUUUAAAUUGUUUUAAAAUGAACUUGUAAGCAUUGAUAUUAAGAUUAAUGCAGUUAAACUUUUGUACUACUUGAUCUUCUAUAAAAAAAAAAAAAAAAAAAAAAAAAAAA